GUACACUUCAUCGACGGAAGACCAACGAACAUAAAUCCAUGCCCCAUGUUGAAGCUGGGAUACCCAAGAAAGGUGACACAUGGGAGGAGGCCGGUCCUUAGGGUGCUUCAGGCCACUGUUAGCAAUGCACCAGGAGAGCCUGCAAACCGUGGGGUCGGCCAUGAACCAUGCACGUCGUCGUCUUCAACCUUUGCAAGUAAUGCUGAAUGUGAGCCCCAUGAUGCUACACCAUUCGAAGAGGCAGGUGACCAUGGUCAACAUGUUGGCCCCCUUGACCUUCGUUGCAUGAAGUCCUUGCUACAAAUAGAAAGCAGCUCUGAUAGGCACGAAAAAUGGAGUCACCAGAGUUGCCAAGUUCAACCUACAGUUCGUGAUAUUGGGACGCAAUGGGAAGACCCCUACAACAGCAUAAGAGAGGAACAUUCGUAUGCUGCUCUGCGUGUGAUGACGACAUCUUCAGAAACACAGACAGUACAGAAGACACCCUCUGAAGAUAUGUCAGAAGCUCUUUGCUGUUUCUACACAGGACUUAGCCUCGAUGGCUUCUGGAAGCUCGUGACGACAGUGAGUCUGGCUGCCCAGACUACCAUCACAAUGAAUGUGGGUGAUCAAGUAUUGUUGACCCUAAUGAGGCUACGGCUCGGGUUGUUGUACUUUGACCUGGCAAUACGGUUUGGCAUCUCACUUGCCCAAGCAGGAAAAAUAUUCAGAGAAAUGCUUGGUAUUCUAAGUAUUGGUAUUCUGAGGAAAGUUGUAGUGUGGCUACCAUUAGAGACAAUUCUUGCAACUACGCCGUCACAGUUUACGUCUAGCGGAUAUGGCAACACCAGCUGCAUCAUCGACUGCACAGAGGUUCCAAUGCAACGGCCCAAGAGGAUCUUUCGAGAGGACAAACCUACAGCCACUAUAAGAGCUGCAACACCAUGA